AUGUCUUCGCCCUUUAAAAGAAUUCUUGUGGUUGGUGCCACAGGCUCUAUUGGGUCCAUUAUGCUACAAGCAUUGGCCAAAGAGUCUUCUUUUACAGUCUCGGCCUUGCAACGGGCGUCUUCGCAAGGGAAACUACCCUUAAAUGUUCGAGUUAUUACAAUUGAAGAUUCAUACCCAUCAGAUGCCCUCCUUGCUGCAUUCUCUGGCCAAGAUGUCGUUGUUAACUGCAUGACAUCCCUGGCCGUCACCGACCAGUUUCGAUUUGUUGACGCCGCGGUCGACGCCAAAGUCAAGCGAUACGUGGCCUCAGAAUAUGGUCUCAACAACAACAACCCAGAAGCAAGAGCACUCAACUCAGUCUUUCGUGAAAAGGGCGAGAUCCAAGACUACCUCCGUUCCAAGGAAGCAACAGGCCUUGAAUGGAUGUCUAUCGCUUGCGGCAUGUGGAUCAAAUGGAGCGCAAUCCAUGAUUUUCUAGGGAUGCACAUCAACGAGAAGAGGUUUGUGCUAUGGGACGAUGGCAACGGCUGGUUCAGCACUACCACCGAAGACAACACAGCUCUUGCCAUGGUUAACGCCUUGAGCAAGAAGUGGGAGGAUACAAAGAACAAAGUUAUUUGGCUGAGUGAUUUCGCUAUCACCCAGAACACGUUGCUUGAGACUAUUGAGCGAGUAGGUGGGCAGAAGCUUGUUGUUGAAAACGUCGACAGUCACCAGCUUAUCAAGGAGAAGCAAGCCGAGGUGGUGGCUGGAGAUCCAUAUGCGAUUUAUUCUUUGAUUGAGACUGGUUUUGUCACUGGAAGAUUUGGAGGACACCUUGAGAAGGAGGGAACAAUUAUGAAUGAGGUUCUAGGUUUGCCGAAGAAGAAUCUGGAUGACGUUGUGAGGGAGGCUCUAAAGGCUGUAAAGGCUUAA